AUGUUAGACGAGGAGCGAGGACACGGGGGCGGACACAAGCCGAAGACGAGUAAUGAACUGAACGACGUUCCCGCACAAACCAAGCCAAGUGACGCACUAUUUCCAGAAACCGAUUUAAAUGCAGGCAUUAUUGGUUGGGAUAGUCAGGACGAUCCAAAUAAUCCUCAAAACUUUCCUCCGAGUCGAAAAUGGCUUCUUCUAGGACUAAUAUCAAGCAUCACUGUCGUCAGUCCUCUAGCAUCCUCGAUGGUUGCUCCCGGUGUGCCAUAUAUCGAAGAAACAUUUAAAAAUCACAACGAAACAUUAAGUACCUUUACUGUUACUGUCUUCCUUUUAGGCAUUGUAUUCGGACCUCUUUUUUUAUCCCCACUGUCGGAAAUUUAUGGAAGACGACCGGUACUUUGUGCAUCCAACAUCGUUUUCUGCCUAUUUCAGAUAGGCUGCGCUCUUGCUCCUAACCUUACCGCACUUAUAAUAUUUCGUUUCUUCGCAGGCAUUGGUGGUUCAGGAUGUUUGGCGCUUGGUGGUGGUGUUAUUGCCGAUCUCUUUCGACGCGAGCAACGUGGAGCAGCUUCGGCGGCUUACACCAUCGGCCCUCUAUUUGGACCUGUGAUAGGUCCAAUCUGUGGAGGUUUCAUAGCGGAGAGAGUUGGUUGGCAUUGGAUUUUCUGGGUUAUAUUCUGUGCCGCCACAGUAACGACAAUUGGCAUUGAAAUAUUCAACCGCGAAACUUAUCCUCCAGUUCUAAUCCGGAGAAAAACUCAGAAGCUUCGCAUAGAGCUUAAUCGUCCUGAUUUAAUGUCCUGCUAUGAUCUCGGAAGCGAUCCUAGCACUAGGACUGUUCUGAUCAAUGGCCUCAUUCGACCUCUCAAAAUGUUGUUCUUGUCACCAAUCGUUUUCAUACUUUCGCUGUAUAUUUGUUUCGCGUACAGUUUGUUGUACCUUUUGUUCACCACAAUUACUCCAGUAUUUCAAGAACAAUAUGGAUGGAGUGUAGGACUUUGUGGUCUCGCAUAUAUUGGCAUCGGCAUUGGUUUCUUCUCGGGAUUGGCCCUCGUGACAAAAAUCUCCGACGCAACCGUAAUCAAAAUGACAGCCGAAAAUAAAGGUGUCUUUGAACCAGAAAUGCGUUUACCAGCCUGUCUCUUCUUCUCAAUAUUCAUCCCCAUCACCUUUUUCUGGUAUGGAUGGUCAACAGAUAAACAUACUCAUUGGAUUGUACCCGUCAUCGGACUUAUUCCAUUUGGAUUUGCAAGUGCGACGGCGGCAAUGACGGCUAGUAGGAGUCUUUUUGGAGCUGUGUUACCAUUGGCUGCUCCGAGUUUGAAGACCUGUAACCUAACUGAAAUCACCUGCGGGGGUUUGGGUCUGGGAAUUGGUGGUGUAUUUGUAGGGGGGGGGGAGGGAGAGAGGAGAUAG